CAACACAGUACAACCAAGUGCAUUCACGUUCUUCCAACUACCGAAACAAUGGGUUCCCCACGCCAUGUUCUAGUCUUAGGCGGUAACGGCAGGAUCAGCCGGGCCCUCACUGAGAUUCUGCUCAAGAAGUCGUGGUCAGUGACGAGCGUUAUCCGGACAGAAGAACAGGUCAAGGAUCUAGAGGCUUUUGGCUCGGGACUGCCCGGAAAGCUGAACGUCUUGGUCCGGGAUCUAGAGAAAGUCGACAGUCAAGAAAAGGCCGCUGCAAUAAUUCAUGAAACCAACCCCGAUUCGGUGGUUUGGAGUGCCGGUGCCGGAGCGACAGGUGAUCAAGACAGAGUCUUCCGUAUUGACCGCGAUGCGGCAGUGUACUUCAUCCAGGCUGCCGUUGCGACACCCACCGUCACUCACUUCCUCAUCGUGAGCUACCUCGGCGCCCGCCGGGCCAACGCUCCAUGGUGGACCGACGAGGACUGGGCAGGCUGGAACAAAAUCAACUCGACCUUUUUGGCACGCUACUACGAGGCCAAGGUGGCUGCGGACGAGGCGCUUAUUACAGAAGCGAAGAAGCGCGACAACUUCACUGCCGUGUCAGUCCGGCCUGGGGGUUUGACGGACAAAGACGCUGGAGGUGUGAUGAUGGGCCAAACAGAAAAGGCACGAGGCAUGACGAGCCGAGCAACAACGGCCCAGGUGACGGCGCUUCUUCUCGAGGCGGAGCAUGUGAAGAGUCGGUGGUUGGAUGUGCUAGAUGGUGAUGAGGAUGCUGGAGCGGCCGUGGAGAGAUGCGUCCGUGAAGGAACUGAAUGCGCUGAGGGCGAGACUGUUUACUCUGGAUAAGUCUUAUUUGAAAGUAGUGGCAGCUUUGGGUUGCCGUCGACGACUUCAACAAACCAUGGUAGUGUCAUAUUUUGAAUGACAAACCGCCGUGACAGCGCUGAAUUGGAAAGUGCAUUUCUGUAUUUAAUACAAGAGGGUGCUCCUGUUCCUGGAGGUCUCCAAUUCUAUAUACUCACAACCG